UGUUCCAGCACAGCAACGAUAACAGGGAGCAAGGACUGUAGUACUGUAGAAACCAUUGACUUGCUAUACUGUGGAAGAUUUGAAUAAUGAAAGUGGAGCAGAGAUGUUAAUUUCACACAGUACUACAAGCUAGCUAGCGACACAAAUUAGUUAAGAAAAAAGAACCCCACGUUUCGUUUUAUUUACUAUGAUGUUAUCGUCUCCAUACUUUGCCUUUGUUUUUCUAUAUAAAUACCACUCAAGGCUCCUCAUACUGCACUGAUCUCCUUCCAUUCCCAGACCAACUCCUGCAUCUCUCAGCCAUUCAACAAUGGAAGUAAACAAGGAAAUAACACAGCCCUAUUCUUCUUCUUCCUCUCCUAUCCCCACAUUUACUACAAGAUGGUGGUCUAAGGACACAGUUGCGAUGGUCACAGGAGCCAACAAGGGGAUAGGGUUUUCCCUUGUAAAGCAGCUUGCUCAACUUGGAUUGACUGUGAUCUUAACUGCUAGAGAUGUAGAGAAGGGAAACAGUGCUGUUGAAUUGCUAAAAAGCCAUGGUUUACAUGUCCACUUCUACCGCCUUGACGUUUCAGAUCCUGCUUCUGUCAAGACCUUGGCUUCGUGGUUUCAAAAGAAAUUUGGAGUGCUGGAUAUUCUUAUAAACAAUGCUGCUGUAUCAUUCAAUGACAUUUAUGAGAACUCAGUGGAUCAUGCAGAAAUUGUGAUAAAAACCAAUUUCUAUGGAGUCAAAUUGCUCACUGAGGCUCUCUUGCCGAUGUUUCGUCUAUCAGAUUCCAUAAGUAGGAUCCUUAACAUUAGUUCGAGGCUUGGUUCAAUUAAUAAGAUGAGAAACCCUAAGAUGAAAGAGAUGCUUCUAAAUGAAAGAUUAUCUGCACAGGAGAUUGAGGGAAUGGUGAAUUUGUUCCUUGAAAAUGUGAGAGAUGGGACAUGGAAAAACCAAGGCUGGCCUGAAAUAUGGACAGAUUAUGCAGUAUCAAAGCUAGCAUUAAAUGCAUAUUCUAGAGUUUUAGCCAAACAAUAUGAGGAUUUUGGAUUAAGUGUGAAUUGUUUCUGCCCUGGCUUCACUCAAACGUCAAUGACUAGCGGCAAAGGCACUCACACCGCAGAUGACGCUGCUGAAGUUGGUGCUAGGUUGGCCUUGCUUCCUCCCGGGGAGCUGCCCACCGGAAAAUUUUAUAUAGGGUUUAACCCCGGCGUUAUUUCUAAAUUAUAGAAUAUUGAUGCAUGCACUGUAAUAAAACAUAUAUAUUUUUGUGAA